AUGGGGGACAACUCUUGGACGACUGUUAGUCAUAGAAACAGGAACGUGCAUGGAAACCACAGGGUUCAUCGUAUCAGCAACGAUUCAAAAAAAGUCACUUCACAUGUUGCAUCACAAGCACAUUCUUCUACUGCCCCUGGACCGGCUGCCACCCUCUCAACUGCCACCCUCCCAACUGUCGAUGCUACUGUUCAGCUUUCUGCUGAUGUUCCAAUCGUUGCUGCUGAAGAAUCGCAAACAACCCUUGUUUUUUCACCCAACCUCACAACAGCUCCUGCUGUGAAUUCCGAGAACCAUUCAGCUCAUAAUGCUAACUCUGGGUCACUAAAAAAUGGAACAGAAGGCUCUUUUAAUACCGACUCAAUUGUGGUUGAAUCCAAAAAGACGAUUGCAUUGGGAGAAAAUAUCGGUCUUAAUAUGAAUAGUUGUUCUGAACAUGUUAAAAAUGCUAUUCAAGAGGAGCGAUUUAGAAAAAAAAUUUAG